ACGUGGGCCAAGCUUGUCUCAACACUACUAGACGCGGACUGUUUGGAGGAAACAAAUCUCAAACGGACCACUUCCUGUUGUCCGCAAAAAGGUCAUAGUUGAAAGGUCGCAGCGAACAUGUCUGCGCUCAUGAUGGACUCAGUGCAUUGAAGAUGUGGAGGCACACUUGUGGCCUCUGUGUGAGGGCUGUAGAGAGAGGAAAACACAGGUGUAGGGAUACCUGGUCCUGCAGUUUCUGUUCACACAAUACCUCAAAACCUCAGUCCUCAGCUCAGUCAACUCCCUUUCUACGGACUCAAGAAGAGAAAAAAAGGCGAAAGAUAGACAAGGAGAAGGCCAUAUUAACUAAGCCACACAAUAAUGAUCCAGGAAUAAAAUGGAGUGAAAAAGAGCGGAUAACAUACAAGGCAUCAAUCCUUCCUGGAGAAAAGAAAGAUACCACCCUUCCUUUGCCUUCAUCUUACAGCCCUGAAUAUGUGGAGUUCAGCUGGUACCAGUGGUGGGAGAAGGAAGGCUUCUUCACUCCCGAGCACCAUGAGAGGCUGCCUCAUUCAAGGAACCGUUCCUUCUCCAUGUGCAUCCCUCCACCUAAUGUAACUGGGACUCUGCACCUUGGCCAUGCUCUGACUGUAGCCAUCGAGGAUGCUUUUGCUCGCUGGAGGAGAAUGCAGGGCUAUAAAGUCCUCUGGGUUCCUGGGUGUGACCAUGCUGGCAUAGCUACACAGUCAGUGGUGGAGCGGAGGUUGUUGAGGGAGCGAGGAAAACACAGACAUGACUUCAGCCGAGAGGAGUUCCUGAAGGAGGUCUGGAACUGGAAGAAUGAGAAAGGAGAUGAAAUUUAUCACCAGCUAAGGAAACUUGGUGCUUCACUGGACUGGAGCAGAGCCUGCUUCACCAUGGAUCAAGGUUUCAGCCUUGCUGUUUCUGAAGCCUUUGUAAGAUUGUGUGACUCUGGACUAAUCUAUCGCUCAGAGGGGCUGGUCAACUGGAGCUGUGCUCUGGAGUCUGCCAUCUCCGACAUAGAGGUUGACUCAAAGCAGUUGGCUGGGCGGACUAUGUUGUCCGUUCCUGGCUACGAAGACAAGGUGGAGUUUGGAACCAUGGUCACUUUUGCCUACCCUAUUGAAGGCCAAGACGGGGAGGUGGCAGUGUCCACCACCCGUCCUGAGACGAUGCUGGGAGAUGUGGCUAUUGCUGUACACCCUGACGACCCACGAUAUCAGAAGAUUCAUGGUAAACGGUGCAGACACCCAUUCACAGACAGACUUUUACCCAUCAUCACUGACACCAUGGUGGACAUGGAGCUGGGAACAGGGGCUGUGAAAGUCACUCCGGCACAUGACCACGCUGACUUCCUCCUCGCUCAAAGACACUCUCUUCCUCGUCUCACUGUGAUCGAAGGGGAUGGGACAAUGACUCCUCUCUGUGGCCAGUGGUUGCAGGGAGUGAAACGCUUUGACGCCCGAGAACGAGUGAUAGAUGCACUGACAGAGAAGAGGCUGUUCAGGGCAAAGAAGGAGCAUGCCAUGUCUCUACCUGUUUGCAGUCGCUCAGGGGAUGUCAUUGAGCCCUUGCUAAGGAAGCAAUGGUUCGUGCGCUGCGAGGAAAUGGCAAAAAGAGCAAUACAGGCUGUGGAGGAGGGACAGCUGGAGAUCAUUCCUCAUUUCUAUACCAAAACAUGGAGGAAUUGGCUCUCCAACAUCAGUGAUUGGUGCAUUUCCAGGCAGCUUUGGUGGGGUCAUCAGAUUCCAGCCUAUCAAGUAGUUCUCCCAGAUUCCAAGCACACACAAGAGGAGAGAUGGGUGUGGGGCCGGAGUGAACAGGAGGCCAGGGAGAGAGCUGCCGUUAAAUACGGAUUGGAUCCUGACGACCUCAUACUGACACAGGACCCUGAUGUGCUGGACACCUGGUUUUCCUCAGGGCUCUUCCCGUUUGCAAUGUUGGGAUGGCCAGAGAAGACUUCUGACCUUCAGCAGUUCUACCCCAACACCAUUUUGGAGACAGGAAGUGACCUAAUUUUCUUCUGGGUGGCCAGGAUGGUUAUGCUAGGCACAGAGCUGACAGGACAACUUCCUUUCAAGCAGGUGCUCCUGCAUUCACUGGUGAGGGAUAAACAUGGCAGGAAGAUGAGCAAAUCUCUAGGAAAUGUCAUUGACCCUUUAGACGUCAUCUCUGGUGUCUCUCUGGAGCAACUCCAGGAGAAAGUGAAGGAAGGAAACCUUGACCCAAGAGAAAGAACAGUUGCUAUGGAAGCGCAGAGUAAGGACUUCCCUCAGGGGAUCCCAGAGUGUGGAACAGAUGCUCUUCGCUUCGCUCUUUGCUCCUAUAAGGCGCAGGGGGAGGACAUUAGCCUAUCCGUGUCCCAGGUGCUGAGCUGUAGACGAUUCUGUAAUAAAAUGUGGCAGACAGUAAGAUUUACCUUGGGAGUACUGGAGGAGCGAGGAGCCGAACUGAGAACACUGGACCAGAUGAAUCCUCUGAGCUGUAUGGACCGGUGGGUGUGCUCCAGACUCUAUAACACUGUUCUGCAGUGUGAGCAGGGCUUUGAAAACUACGAGCUCCAAGCUGUCACCACCGCACUGCACUCCUUCUGGUUGCACAGUCUCUGUGAUAUCUAUUUGGAGUGCAUCAAGCCAAUCCUGAGCCAGCAGGAGCCAGACGGCCAGAUCAGCCGAGGUCACACAGAGAGUGAGAGGCAGACGGCCCAGCGUGUGCUCUAUCACUGUGUGUCUGUCUCGCUCGCCCUCCUCUCCCCCUUCAUGCCAUUCCUCACUGAGGAGCUGUGGCAGAGGCUCUAUCCCCUCGGUAGCCGGGCUGGGAGUACCGUGUCCAGCUUGUGUGUGCAGCCCUACCCACAGUCUGCUCAACUGGCACACUUGCACUUCCCCCAAGAGGAAGCGGAUUUUACUCUAGUACAGGAAGUUAUCAGAGUGGCGAGGUCCCUCCGGGCUCAGUGUGGCAUCACUAAAGAGAAGCCUGACAUGUGGGCAGUGUGUUCGCCCAGCCAGGCAAAGACCCUGCACCACUAUGACUCAGCUGUUCGGACGCUGGGCCGUAUCUCCAGACUCCACCUCCAAUGCCCUCAGGAGGCCAUCGAUGGAGCCCACUCCUUUUCCUCUGCACCCCCUCCACCCAAAAGCAGUGCUGUGGGUGUCGUGGACCACUCUUGUCAACUACACCUCCAUGUUGAGGGAGGCGCCAUUGUGACCAAACAAAGCAUCCACCUCUCUCAGCGCAAAGAGAGGCUCCUCUCAAACCUGAAGCAGUUGCUUUCUCGAACUAGAGUGACAAACUACUUGGAGAAAGUCCCAGAGCAAGUGAGGAAGGAGACAGAGAACAAGAUCUCAGCCUUGAAGCAGGAGCUAAAGAACAUUGAAGAGCAGUUGAUGGCAUUACAGCAACCAUGAAUACUAAACAAAUAAACGACGAGAUAAAAAACUGAGAAAGUUUAUCCUCUGAAUUACCGGUCUUUCAGCUAAUAUUUGCUUGUGGAUGAACAGAAAAUGCGUCAAGAUAAUUUCACCGUUUUUUUCAAUGAUGCAUCUUUACGGUGCUAGGUGGCCUGGUGCCAUGUUAUAAUGUAAGCACAUAUAUAUCAUAUGAAAUGUUUUGUUAUUUGUUUUUAUUUGAUCCAAGUCAGAAAGGCCAUCAUUUGUAUAAUUUGAAUAAAAACACGGUGUAGGGCAUGUAAUUUGUUGGGUGAGAGUGUAUUUCCCUUGUGGGCAA